AUGUCAGGACACGAGUAUUGGUUGAUAUCAGCGCCGGGAGAGAAGACCUGUCAGCAGACGUGGGAAUCGCUGAACGCGACCACAAGCCGUCAGUCAGACCUCUGCAAGAACUUUAAGUUUCAUAUCCCGGACCUAAAGGUGGGAACAUUGGACCAAUUGGUCGGUCUGUCCGACGACUUGAAUAAGUUGGACACCUAUGUGGAGGUCGUGUGCCGUAAACUGGCCGCCAGUAUAGCUGACACUCUGGACAACAAAGACAAGAAUCAGCAGCAGAUCAGUGAACACAUUCAGGCGAACGGACAGGAUUUGGCCCAAUAUGUGACCAAAUUUCAGUGGGAUUUAGCGAAGUAUCCCAUCAAACAGUCGCUGAAGUCGUUGCAGGACAUCAUCAGCAAACAAAUCGGACAAAUCGAUACCGACAUGAAGUCGAAGACCUCGACGUAUAACAACCUGAGAGGGAAUCUGCAGUCUCUGGAGCGCAAACAGACGGGCUCUCUGUUGGUCCGCAAUUUGUCCGAAUUAGUCAAACGCGAGAACUUUGUGAUCGGCUCCGAGUACUUGACCACUCUGUUGGUGGUCGUGCCGAAGGCCUACUACAAGGACUGGCAGCAGAAGUACGAGAAGUUGACGGAUAUGAUAGUCCCGCGAUCGUCGACACAGAUCUUCGAGGACAACGAUCACGGNGCCUACUACAAGGACUGGCAGCAGAAGUACGAGAAGUUGACGGAUAUGAUAGUCCCGCGAUCGUCGACACAGAUCUUCGAGGACAACGAUCACGGGUUGUUCACCAUCACUCUGUUCAACAAAGUGGUCGAUGAGUUCAAAGCGCACGCCCGCGAGAACCGGUUUGUGGUGCGAGAGUUCGCGUACAACGAGGAGGACAUCAACGCCGGGAAGAACGAGAUCGUGAAACUCGAGAACGACAUGAAACGGCAGUACCAGAUACUCCUGCGAUGGCUGAAAGUCAACUUCAGUGAGGCCUUCAUCGCCUGGAUUCACGUCAAAGCGUUGCGGCUGUUCGUCGAGUCCGUCCUCCGGUACGGACUUCCCGUCAAUUUCCUGUCGGUUUUGAUUCACCCGAAUAAGCGAACGCAGCGUAAGCUAAGGGAUGUGUUGAACCAACUGUACCGGUCUGAAGAGCUUAACAAACAAUUGGUUGAGAAGAAUAUACCGCUGAGUAAAGCGAGAAAAGAUAGCAUCAAACACUUGGAGGAAACAAUCAAAUAUAAUCAAGAAUCGCUUCAAUUAGAAACACAUUUUAGCAAUAAGUAUAACAAGUAUUUGUUGGCUCUGGGAGUCGCUGGAGGCCUACUCUUAACCUAUGGCUUCGGGAGUUUACUCUUCAAUUCGUCACAAAAGUCGAGCGAUUUAUCUAUAGAUUAUUACUGA